AAAACAGACUCCAUGCAGGACCUUCUGCUGGAUGUGAUAACAUGGGUUGGUAUCCUGCUGUCGCUGGUCUGUCUCCUCAUCUGCAUCUUUACAUUCUGCUUCUUCAGAGGACUACAGUCAGACAGGAACACCAUCCACAAGAACCUGUGUAUCAGCCUCUUCAUAGCAGAGUCACUGUUCUUAGUGGGCAUCAACAGAGCUGACCAACCGAUUGCGUGUGCCGUCUUCGCGGCCCUGCUCCAUUUCUUCUUCCUGUCUGCGUUUACCUGGAUGUUCCUAGAGGGGGUUCAGCUGUACAUCAUGCUAGUGGAGGUGUUUGAAUCAGAGCACUCCAGAACCAAGUACUUCUACCUGGCUGGGUACGGGGUUCCUGCUGUUAUAGUGGCCGUCUCCGCUGCCGUGGACUACAGGAGCUACGGCACAGACAGAGUGUGUUGGUUGCGGUUGGACACAUAUUUUAUAUGGAGUUUCAUAGGCCCUGCCACGCUCAUAAUAAUGCUGAACGUCAUCUUCCUGGGUAUCGCCCUCUAUAAGAUGUUCCACCAUACAGCUAUCCUCAAACCAGACUCUGGGUGCCUGGACAACAUCAAAUCGUGGGUGAUUGGUGCCAUAGCUCUCCUCUGUCUGUUGGGUCUGACCUGGGCGUUUGGUCUGAUGUACAUCAAUGAGAGCACAGUGAUCAUGGCCUACCUGUUCACCAUCUUCAACUCCCUACAGGGCAUGUUCAUAUUCAUCUUCCACUGUAUACUACAGAAGAAGGUGCGUAAGGAGUAUGGGAAGUGUUUGCGUUCCCACUGCUGCAGUGGUAAGAGUGUAGAGACCUCCAUCUCGUCCUCUGGAAAGAACCACACCACGUCUCGAACCCCAGGGCGAUACUCCACGGGGUCGCAGGUCAUCUUGCCUGCCUGUACACCUGGACGCUACUCCACAGAAGACUCCCAGAGUCGUAUCAGGAGGAUGUGGAACGAUACAGUGAGGAAACAGGAGUCAUCCUUUAUGACAGGAGACAUCAACAGCUCAGCCACACUCAACAGAGGAGCGAUGGCUAAUCAUCUGUUAACUAAUACUCUCCUUCAUCCCCAUGGUUCUAACCAUCGUUAUAACUCUCUGCUGGGGGACACCAACCACCAAGCAGUCUGUAACAACCCCAACGUGGCUGGCAUGUACAACACACAAGCCCCCUACAGAGACACAAAGGGAAUCCUAAACAACGCGCGAGACACCGGCGUCAUGGAUACGCUCCCUCUCAACGGUAACCACGGCAACAACUACAGCGCGGCGAGCGGCGACUACCUCGGCGACGGCGUCCAGAUUCUGGAACGAGGCGGCGGCGUCGGCGGUUACAGUACCUACGGCAACCACAAGGAGACGACGACGACGUUAGAAAAGCAGAUCCUCAGAGAGUUAACGUCCAACUACGCCCCUUCCUACUUGAACAACCACCAACGCUCGGCGACCACCGAACGCAACCACAACCUGAUGAACAAGAUGGUCAACGUCGGUAAUGGCACCGGCAACGCGGGCGUCCUGGUCGGUAACGGCAGUAACGGAAUCGGAAUUGGUGGCGUAGUCGGCGGCGGGAGUAACCGUGACUACGACUUGAGUAACGACGGCGUCGACGUUAGUCACAUGGUGCUGGAUAACCCCAACGCUGCCUUCCCAUUGGAUGAGAAUUUGGGAUUGGAGAUUAUAAGGGAGGAGUCGAACGCCCCCCCUCCUCCCGCCCCGCCCUCUGCCUCCCCCGGACAGCCUCCCCCACCCUCACCCUCCUCCCCCGCCCCCCCCAUAACUUCUCCCACCCCCGGCGCAUCCCCCAGGAGACCAGCGAGAGCUUCUUCCCCCUCCUGACCAACGAGCAGACGGACGAGACACCGCAGU